AUGGAUUCGGUAACCUCACCACCUGCCGUCGACAAUUCUCUCACUGAGAAACCCUCCUACAUCGUUUCUAUGACCAAUUUGCAGAAGCUCAACAUCAACAAGAAGAAUAUGACCGUCACAUUCGGUGCUGGCUGGGAUGUCUAUGACCUUACCGAAGAGCUUAAGGCUAACGGUUUGACUUUCGGGAACCUCGGUGUUGAACGUGUUCAGAACUUCGUGGGUGCCGCCUCCACCGGUACACAUGGCUCUGGAUCCAACAUCGGUAAUAUCGCAAGCCAGAUCAUUGGACUACGUGUGUUGGACGCGCAGGGUCAGCUCCGUGUCAUUAACGAGAUUAACAACCCGGAAGAACUGAAGGCUUUCCGUAUCAGCCUUGGUGCCCUCGGUCUCAUCACGGAGAUGACUAUUAAGGUCCAGCCUACUCUCCUCAUGAAGAAGACCACCAAGGUCGUGAAUGCCACCUCCGAUUACAGGCUGAUGGGCAAGGAGCUUGCCCAGCUGUAUAAGGACCACGAACGUGACUGGGACCUUGAGCCUACUUACUUCUACUCUUACUGGGAGCCGACCGACUAUACCGGUGUCCGCAACUGCACUCUCAACUACUGCGCUAAUGGUUGCGGUGACUGUAACAAGGAGUACAUCUGCUACGAUGACGUUAUUGACGCCGCGUCUUGCCCUCCCCAAGGUGUCUGCAGCCGAGAGUUCUACGCUGAGAUCGAGCACUUCCUUCCCAUCGAGUACUACGCCGAAGCCACCGCCGACUAUAUUAGUUACCAGCAGUCCCAAACUCCCCGCAUGAAAGCUCCCUAUAACAAUAUGAUGGUCAUCCAACACCGUUCUCUCAAGGGUGAUGAUACAUACAUGUCCCCUGUCAAUACCUACAACCUUGGCCCCGAGCUCAGCGGUGUUUUUGCUAUCAUCGAGAUUGACUGGAUCCAAACCUAUAACAACUUCACAACUCUUUGGCAGAACCAAGCGUUGGGCGACGAAUUCCUCCCUCGCUUUGGUGAUAAAUACAACGCCCGGCCCCACUGGAACAAGAUGAACCCUGCUAAUGCUACCUACACUCUGGAGAAAUUCCCGAAGCUGCCCGAGUUCUUGGCCAUCCAGCAGCGCCAGGAUCCCAACUGCCAGUUUGUCAACGAAUUCCUGGUCCAGCAGCUUGGAAUUACCCGCUGUGCGAACUACCUCUCCAUGUAA